AUGAAUGCCGAGGGCGGCGGCGAAGAACGCAAAGGAGCAAAAGCGGAAGCAGAAGGGCCAGAGGGCAGAGACAAGGAAGGAGACUCUUUGCUCCUUUCUUCCUCGGCCGUCUCCUCUUCUCGAGGAACGAUCAACCACACACAGAAGCCUGCAGAACUGGACGGUGAACACGAGACCCAGCAGGAUGGAGAGAACCGCAAGUUGAGCAGCCUCAAGACGCCGUUCUCCACUUCGUCUUCUACGCCCUCGAAUCCCUCUGCUUCUGCCGCUUUUCUCGAGCCUGGAACAAACUGUCAAGUCGCCUCUACUCAACCCGCGUCUUCGUCUGCGUCUUCCUCUUCUUUCGCGCGUUCCUCUUCUUUCGCGCAUUCCCCUUCUUUCUGGUCGGUUCUGCCGUUCGCGUCUUCUGAGGUUGAGGAAGACUCACGAUCUGCUUGCUUGCCCGCUAUCCGCAGCGGACUGUUCGUCUGCAUGCCGCAGCCGUCAUGGCACCUCUCUGGUUGCGACGACAUCGAUGCUCUCUCCAGUCUCUGCCACUCUUUCUAUCUUUCGCUGGUGCCCGUCACCGCACGGCUUCGUCUUGGUUCCCCUUCGCCGUCCUCUCGUGGGCCCAACCGGCAUUCGCCUUUUGUCCCCGCUUCUUCUCCCUCUUGUUCGUCUCAUUCUGCCUCUUCAUCUCUCUCGUCCUCUUCUUUUUCGUCUUCCUCUUCGUCUCCGUCUCCCUGUCCGCCAGCUUUGUUUGUCUCUCCUGCUUCUUCGCAAGCAUGUCGCAGGUCUUUCUCGGGACUGCAGUUUUCUCAAGAUGAAGCCUCACAGAGUUCUGAGAUUCCUCUGUGUCGGGUGGAUCUGCGAGAGUUGCGGCCUCUGCACCCUAGAGAAAUGCUCUGGAGUCUCCCGUCUCAUCCGGUCGUGGUCGUGACGCUGGCGGAUGGCCAGCGACUGACGAAUCUGUCUCCCUCUUCAUACGGUGUCUCUCCCUAUGCGGUCUCGCCGCCUUCGCGCGCAGCGUCGAGCACGCGCCUUGGGCGGUGGAAGCCGGGGGAAAGCACGGCCGAGUCUUCGCGUCUCCAUCGCGCACUCCCGCCUCCCCACGGCACGGCGCGUGCAAAAGCGUCGCCCGCGGCUCCUGUCUCUCUCUCUGUUGCGCCUCCGCUCUCUCGCUGCUUCGUGUGGCACGGCUCAGGGACAGCGCCCGGCGGAGGCAGCGGGAGUGUCUCGUCGUCCGUGUUCUCCCGAUCGGCUGCGUCGUUUCCUCCGCCGAGACAAGCUGAAGAACUGAACCUUUCCCCCGGCUCUUCACUUCCCCUCGCAGGCUUUCUCAGCGACAGAGACACGGGAGGGCCCGCGGAGCUCCCCUCCCUGUCCGCCCGCACGCUGUGGACGCGCUUGGAGUCUCUCAGGCAACUUGCGACAGAUGUCGCCCUCGCGACUCGCCAGAGAAGACGGCGGGAGAGAGAGCUGUGCGCUUUGCUGCGCAGCAAUGAGACUCCACAUGGCGUCUCCGAGGGGACGGUUGGAAACGUGGAAGAAGAAGGCGAGUCAACUGCCGAGGCCGAUCGCCCUUCUUUGCCGACGCACGGCAGCGAAGCCACAGGCGUGAACAAAGAAGAGACGAAUGCAUCCCGGUGUGGCUCCUGUCCCACUGCGGCGGGGCCAGCAGAGAAAAAACGGAUGGGUGACGCUUCGCGUUCCGUCGUGAAGGCUUCCUCCUCUUCUCCCUUGGAUGGCCUCUCACCUGUCUUCGCUUCUCGAUCGCUCGCGUCUCCUUUCACACCUCGCAGCUACCUAUCUCCCGGCGCCUCUCUGUCUCGCUGUCUCCGUCUCUCUCUCCUUCAGGCGCACGUUGAAGCGCUCAGGCGCGCAGUCGCCAGCCAGCGCCGCAGGCUGGCGUCCCUGUCUCCGAUUCGCCCUUCUUGCUGGAGCGGGCCUGCGGCGAGUGUGCUGGACGAUCUUUCUCUCCUCCACCAGGCGCUCUACUGUCGGCGAAUCCGCAUGCUCUGCGAGUUGGUCCAGAUUUUUCCAGUUGAGAACUACGGCCGAGACAGGACCAUUCGCGGACUUGAGAUCCCUUCCUUGGACGUGCUCGAGCGGUCGCUCUUCGGCCUCACGCCCGCUGUCUCCGGACGAUGCAACAGCGCCCCACAGGCGCGGGGCCCCGCAGGCUCGCAGCCUCCGGGGACUGGGCCGCUCGAGGGCGGAGACAGUCUUCCGCCCCAACAAGGCGGAGCGAAGAACGUGGGGUCGGCGAGUUCUUUUCCAGAAGGCGGGACCAUCGGGUUUCGGGGAGCGAGCGGCAGCGGCCUGUCAGGCUUCGGCGGCCUGUCGAGCGCGGGGACGCCUGUCUCCUCUGCGGGCUCGCCUCUUGCGCCGCCCGAGGCGGAAGCGCUCUCAGCAGCUGUCGGCUUUCUCGUCCACCUCGUCGUCUUCAUCCAGAAAUACCUCGAUCUCCCGGCCAUAUCGCCCAUCCGCAAUCCACUCUGCCAGCCCUACGCCCUGCGUCUCCUGUCUCCGGACCUGUGGGGCUCUGCGACCGGCGAGGGAGCUCCGGGGGGAAGCGCAAGCGAUGCGAAGGGCAAAAUCCUUCGCUCGCUGCUCGUUCAUGUUUUGGCGCAACAGCACGACCUUUUCCUGAAAACGGCGUCGAGCUCGGCGGGGCUGAGUUCAGCUGGAGCCCUAGGCGGCGGAGGCGCCUCGGGAGCAAGAGAUAGUUUGACGGCGGCGGUCCUUUUCGGCGGGAAAAGUUCGAGUGUGCAGAGCACAGGCAGCACUGCAAACGCCGCGUCCCUCCUCGGUUUGUCAAACGGAGGGGGGACUGGAACCGCGCUGCAUGCGCCCUGCCCUGCGCUCGACUGGCGCGUUCAACUUCCCCUGUAUCUCCACCCCAACACUGGGGGCAGCGGAGGGACGGGCGUUCUGCAGAGACAGCAGAUUUUCCUCGAGGGCCUCAGGACUGUCGCCGAGUCUCUCUCCGAGGAGUGGGGCGCCGAGCUGGGCAUGACCACGCAGAGUCAGACCAGGGGACUGACUGCGGGGCCGGGACGGUCCACGGAGGACAGCGCGCUCUCAGCAGACAGGGACGAAGAGGCGCAAGUCCUACCCCUAAAUGCCCUAGAAACUGUCGAAACAAUCCUCCACCGGGAAAUGUGGGGAUUCGGAACCACCAGUUAA